AUGUUUGGUCGCGAACGGAACCAGGCCGGUGUGCUCAUCGAGCUGAAGCCAGCAUAUGCUAUUGAUCCGACAAAUGAGGAUGAUCUUGUCGCUGCGCGCAAUGCGCUCUGGCCUAUAGUGGAAGAAGCGAACAAGGUCGCGCCAGCGUUCAGUCGAAUCUUCAAAGAGAUGAUUUUGAUCGCAUCGCCAAACAAGCCACUUCCACGCGCGGGUAAGGGCAUGGUGAUGCGCAAGGCCGCGCUGGAGGUGUAUGCGCAGGAAAUUGAUGAUAUAUAUGCGGAGGUAGAUGAUGCAGCGGAGAGCGAUAGCGCCGUGCUACCCAUGUCUUGGGAUGUGGACGGUGUGAUUGAGUGGCUGAAGGAGCAAAUCGAGGACAUACAGUCUUCGGAUUCAGAGGAUACACCGUUUUCGGUGUCUGAAGACUUCUUUGCGCAGGGUAUGGACAGUCUGAGUGCGACUAUCCUGCGUCGUCGCAUUGUCGGCGCCAUGUUCGUGGCGUCAAGCUCUGGCUCCCAUUUUGAUAAUGAUUCCGAGGCGAAGACUCUCAAAGCUGCACAGCUUAUUACGCAGACAACGAUCUAUGCACACCCAAGCAUCGAGAAGCUCGCGGCGUUUGUGGCGGGUGUGGUACAAGACCCAGAACGAUUCGUGGCCGUAGCGAGUCGGGCUGACGCUGUGGACGCGAUGGUCGGGAAGUAUACUGUUGGGUUGGGGGAGACUGCUACACACAAGGCUGGAUCGAGUUUGGGGUCUGCCCCCGUCGAUAAAGGGAACAUGGUCGUUCUGCUGACGGGGAGCACGGGGAACCUCGGCGCACAGAUUUUGGAGUCGCUGUUGCGAGAUGGGAGGGUGCAGAAGGUGUAUGCCCUUGAUCGGCCUGCGUCUGUGUCGCUGAGCCAGAGACAGGCGGAAAGGUUUGAGGAUAAGUUGCUGGAUGUGACGCUGUUGAGCUCGUCCAAGCUUGUGCCGUUGGAAUGUGAUGCGGCUCAGAGAAAUUUAGGGGCCGCUCAGGAGGUGUAUGACGAGCUACGCAGCUCGGUAACGACGAUAAUCCACAACGCGUGGAAGCUCGACUUCAACCAGUCUCUGUCCUCGUUUGAACCGAACGUCCGAGCGACGCGCAACCUUGUUGCUUUGGCGCGGUCAAGUGCGCAUACUGCUUCACUCAGAUUCGUAUUCACAUCGUCGAUCUCGAGUGCGGCAUCCUGGGAUCAGAGUCUAGGCGCGUAUCCAGAAGAGAUUGUUCUGGAUUCGCGGUAUGCAGUAGGGAAUGGGUAUGGGGAGAGUAAAUAUGUCGCCGAGAGGAUCCUGGCGCAGAGUGGACUGAAUGCAACCUCGUUGAGGAUCGGACAGAUCACAGGCGGCGCGCCAAACGGGGCAUGGGCAACGAGCGACUGGUAG